AUUUGUGCAAUUUCAAACUAGGUGUUCUACACUUCGAAGGGGUCAUUAUCCGUACUGUCGAUUAUCAAGGUCAAUAAGGCAGUACUCUUAUAAGAGUCAUGGAAUCCAUCAGCGACGAAGCAGUGUUGAAUAUUAUGGAAAACUCUCCUGACAAGUAUUUUUGCACACUCUGUUCUCCUGUCUACCUUAUUUGCUCAAAUGAAUCACAUGGCUUAGAAAUACACAUCAGAUCUACUCAUCCCGAAACAAAAAAUCUUCGUUGUAUUUAUUGCUCCGAGCUGGUCUCAUCAGUAUCAAUUUCGAAACACAUUGACAUGCAUUUUGGUCUAAUAGAUACCCAGAACCUUCCUUUUACCUGUCCAUGUUGUCCUAGAUCGUUCGGUACUAUGAAAGCUCUGGGUCAACACGCUCUAAGUCUCCAUGACAUCGAUAAAAGCGAUGUGUUUUUCAAAUGUGGUCAUUGUGAUAGAUCAAUGAACUCACCUACGGAGUUAAAAUCACACCUCCGAAAAUAUACACUCAUUCUGUUUCACUGUCGCUUCCCUAACUGUCGUGUCAAAUCAAAAAAUGUGGAAAUAAUAAAAAAGCACGCGCUUCAGUUUCACGGAACUAACAGUCCUCUUGUAACCACGACUUAUUCGUUCAUGUGUUCUUGGCCUUCAUCGGUACGACCAACACGCAUUCAAGCCCAUCCACCCGACAUUUCGAAAUUAAACCGCCGAGUUCCGUCAGCAUUUUUCUGUGCACAUUGUUCAUUUGGUACAUCUCACCUAGAAAACUUUGCUCAACAUUUGGCAAUGUGCCGAGCUAUUUCUUCUCAUUUGCUCAUAACUUCUCUGUCCGUCACCUGUGUCCUCCAUCGUUGUUCAGAAUGCGGUUGGAUGACCAAUGUUCGUAAUAUGCUAACAGAACACUUGCAUGAUAUGCAUCCCUUGCUUAGUGAGGAAGACGGAGUGGUCACUGAAGACUUUACAGUUCCUAUAUCUGAUGAAUCUAUUACUGAAAACUAUAAUUUUAUUAGCAAAAAUAUGGAAACCCUACGCAAUUCUCCACUUCAACAACUACCAAAUUUUUUCUCCUCUGGAAAUUCAACUUUGCUCCAUAUUAACGACGGAACCAAUUUACACAACGAUCUUCCGUUACUUUGUUCAACCGCCUCCAAUCUUUCAGCUGAAGUUACGAAACAUUUAUCAAGUAUUCAUGCCCCAUCAUCUAUUGAUAGUUGUGAAGCUGAUGAAGUUGGAGAUAAUGAAGAGCAUGUCGGUGUUGAAGGUGAUAAUGAUGAACUAAAAAAGCCAAGCACAGACAUGAAUCUUAACAAUAGGCCUGUCACCUCUAACCUACCUCCUGAUAUAGCAGAUUCUAAACAGGAAAGUGUCACUGAGACGGCUGCAGAAGAAUAUGUACAACUAUACUUUAAUGAACAAGCAUUUGUUACUGCUUAUAUGAAAAAUGAAAAAUUUAAUCCUAAUAACGAUACUACAAAUGAUGAACUAAACGGUGUCCUGGAAAAGUUGCGUCGUUUCGCCAGUUAUCGUGUCCCUAUUCUUGGUCGCGCGAAUCAGCGUCGUGUUGCUGGUUGUCCGGAAUGCUUGAAACCAUUUAAUCAUGGAUUCACAGACCUCAAGAAACAUCUUCUAGUAACUCAUCUUGGCGUUCGCCGUGAUAUAUCGCGUUUUACUAUUGAUUUCACUCAUUCCGGUAGGAGCCAUCAUAGCACAUUACCUAGUCAAACUAAUAACUCACUUAUUAACUCUGACAAUUCACCGCAGUCAAAACACUCUUUCGGAAUCCGAAAUGGACGUCUCUCUGGCAAAGCGUUCCGUCGUAAACCUUUUCCAAUUUCACCACUCUCCAAUCCUCUUUGUAAACGUCCGACGCCUGGUAAGUACGAAGACUCUCGGAAAUCACCAACAGAACCACUGGCUACUGUUUCCUCUGAUGGUCUUCCAACCUUAGUAACGUCUGGUUCUUCUUAUUCAGGUGGCGCUCCAGUUCACCGAGUUAUCCCAGGGACUGGUGUUUCCGAUCAUUACGAAGACAUGCGGUCAUUGGAAGAAGUUUCUGCUCAAGCUCCCAUCGGUAGAGGCGGUAUUGUUCCUCUGGAUGAGAUGGGUAAUCCAAUCGUUGCUGCUGUUGUUGCUGCGGGUCAACCCCAAACGUCCACCUAUUCAGGUAGUACAGAAAUCUUUCUUCCUAAAGUUGGACGUCAGCGCGUUCAGUUGGCUUAUUCAUUCCCAGUAUUUAAUCGUUUACUGGAAGCAUAUCAAGUCCCGAUGCCAGAACGAAUUCAACUUGUCAAUCGUAUGAACCACUAUGCUCGAAUGCAUGUCAUAAUGGAUGUUCUGGUUCCUGGUGGAGCACAAAAACGUUUUUCUUGUCCGACUUGCAUGUAUACUUCAGUACACUCGUUAGCCGAUAUUCGUAAACAUAUUAUGGGGUCUCACUGUGGUAUUUCUACUAAGCGUUUCAGACUCUGUCUUCGGGCUUCCAGACAUGAUACUACAACUUAUCGUUUACAUUCAGAUGACAGGAUGAUUCGAUUCGUUGAAGAUCAUAGGCGAAGACAAAUACAACUAACCGAUUCAAGAUCAAACCUUAAAGUCACUUCGAUUGAUAGUGAUGCCGAAGAAGCAAAGGAGGAUUCAAAUGAAACUUAUUCCCAAGUAGUGAAUGAUGAAAAUAAUCAAUUCUCAAAUGAUUUUAACAAGUCUCAGGUAUCACUCAAUGAUCAAGAAGAACUAGAAACACAAACUAUCGAGACAGAUUUGUACGACGAUAGUCAUCAGGAAGGAGUUCACGGAGCUGAUGAAGAGAGUGAUAAUCGUUUUCUCACCGCCAACGUAAAUCUAAACUCCGAGGACUAUUUUGUCACUCCAACCAAAACUCAUGAUAACUCUAUUGUAGUUGCUAAUGAUAAUCCUAAUACGUAUUCGGAUGAAAAUGUUAAGCAAAACGAGGAGAUCCACCGUCGUAUUGAAUUACCUUUCUCUGAUAAUGUACUGCGCGUCUUGCUGGAGCGGGAAGGUAUGUUUGAUCAAUACGAUGAUUUGGUAGUCAAGAUGCAAGUCUACUCUAAGCAUCAUCUUACUGUUGUCUCACGAGGAAAUCGAAUUUACUCGUACAUUUGCAUAUGUGGACGUCGUUUCGCGGUUGUUCGUGAUGAAGUUGAAAGCGAUAUUAGACCAGCAAGUCUAGCUGAUUGCAGACGUCAUAUUUUGGGAGUGCAUGCCAGGAUCCCUCAAGAACUACUAACAUUAUGCUGCCAGGCGUCUCGCAUUUCUAAAGAGUCUGGAUAUAAGCUCUAUGCAGAUACUUCUCUUUUGGCAUUAGCUGAACAACACAAAUUUCGAAGCACAAGAAUUCAGAGUUAUAGUCGUAAAUCGGAAGGUGGAAUAUCUCCAAUUAAACGUCCUUUAGAACCUAUCAUACCCAAUGAUAUAGAAGGAAUCUCAGAGUUGUCUGUACCUACCAGUUCCGUUAGUUCAGUUAAUCAACGAUCAAACACAUCUUACUCAAGUAUGGGUUUCAACCAUUCUGCACCUAGUCAAGUAGCUCUACAUCAUUCGUCUUCAUAUUCCUCGAACCAUCCUUUACCACCCAUGUUGCGUGCUCCAACUGUUAAGUAUGAACCAAGUGAACCAGAUGAGUCACCACCCCCAGAGUAUAACAGACCCAAUGGUAAAACAUCAUCUAAUAUGAACUCUACUAAGUCUCCAGAACCGAACCCUUAUUCAUUCGAAGAACGACAUAAUGGCCUGGAUCUUGAAGCUCCUCGUCGCAUACUUACUCCCGAAGAGUCGGUUACAUGGAGCCAAAAGCUAGGUUUACCUGCUUCAUGGGCUUUGGAAAGAAUCGUUCGACUCUUGUAUAGUCCUGCUGUUUUUGAUCAUCAAGUUAGGUCUGUUCUACCUGAUGGUGAUAGCUUUAUUAGUAGCUUGCAUGAACGCAUGAAAGUUUAUGCUAGACAUUCUGUUUAUAUUACUCGUAUGAGGGAAACUCCCAAUAUUACUCAACGCAUUUAUGUUUGCUGUGCAUGUCUAACUACAUCACAUCAUGGUUUUGGAGAUGUAAGGAAACACAUAUUGGGCGUUCAUGCUCACGUUCCGGAACGCUUUAAAUCUGCAGCCAUGUGUUCUAGUAGGUUGAAUAGAGAUGAUUAUUUUCUGUAUACUGAUAGCCAACUCCUAAUGUUAGCUAAUUCUCCUGGGCGUAACGCGAAUAUAUCAGCUUUGGGAGCUGCUUCUAACAAAACCCUAUCACAUUUAAAUCACAAUUCAACACCUCAUAAACAUCGUCAAAACGAUUCAGAAUAUGUAUCUCCUCAAAACACUCCGAAUAGAAAAAGACGGUUUUCUGGUACUGAAAGUGACUCCAUUGAACUUGGUAUUAAACCAGAAUCCUCUAAUCAGUUUUUACCUGAUGAAAUUCUACAUACUGCUCAUUUAAACGGACAUGCUGCAUUUUCUCCUGACAUACCUACCAAACCCUAUGAAGAACACGAUGAACACCGUCCUCCAAUUAUUCUUACUAUACCGCGUCCUAAAGCUUUUCAUCCAUCUGAUCAACCAGAUGAUUUACCUGUUCGAUUAUCCUCUAUAAACGCAGCGAAACCUAUCGAUGAUUAUAUAAAUCCAGACAAUGCUUAUUCAUCAUCUGGUUCGCGUAGUAGACGUUCAAUGAUUCUUAAAUCCAAACGUCCUUGCCCAACAUCUACGUAAACUACUUUUCUUACAUAUCCUAUGUUAAGAAAUACAUAUAUACCGAAAUUAAACUGAAUUAUGCUUAGCAUGUUAUUUAUACCACAAAUUUCUUAAUCAUCUUGUACAUAAAAAUAUAUAUAGUUAUUAUUAAACAGGAACUGUAUCACAAAAAUGAAUACCUCGAAUCGUGAAAAAAUUUACUCGCAAAUGCAUUAUUAGUUAUCAAGACUUGUUUGUAUGAUAAAUGUUUCAUAGCUUUUUUCUUAAUUUCACUUUUUAUUUAGUGACAUUGUUUUGUAAUGUGUUUAAAGCAACAGUAUAAAAUAUGACUAUAUACCCUUUUGUAUUCAGUAUAUAUAUAACAAUAGUUAUAAUGCUUUCCUUACCUAAUAAACAAUUGAUAGAUAAUUAAUCAAAUUAGUGAUGCAUUGAUGUUAAUGUGGAUUCUUAUCAAGUUAUCGUCAGUCAUUUGUUUUUCAGAAAUAAUUUCAUGUGUUCGUUUUAUGUUUCAACAUUUCACUUUAGUCUACACUUGUAGCACACAUACUUUCCCUUUAGACUUCUUUCAAGCACGCCUUCCUUUUGUUCUACUGAUAUCUUAUUAUACAUAUAAAACAUUCCAUUCUACACUUUUUGUUAAUAUGUAUUUAUGUUCAUGUAUUAAUCCUCCUCUAAAAUGAAAACCGAUAAUUUUGUGAUCCUCUUGGCGAUUUGAUUAAUUCGACUUUGUUUUCCUUGUGAAAUCUGAAUUCAUACUUUUGAUUGUUCGUUUGGAUAACAUGUAAAUCAUCUAGGAAACCUUAAUGGUAGAUGGAGAUGUAAAUUUCAAUUUGGUCUAACAGCCCAAAUUAAUAAGCUAAAAUAAGAAUUUCAUUUAAUUGUUAUCUUCUUAAUAUUAUGGACUAUCACAAUUCCCUUAUUUUAGCACUAUUGUGAAUACCCAGACUAUGACAACGCAAUUGUUGUCCUGAUUUUAGAUGAAUAAAAUCACAGGAAAGAUAACUAAGCGUUAUAUACAAUAGAAUACUUAUUAUUUCUGAACUGAAACAAAAUUUUAUAUCAGUCAAUCACAACCAAUGUAAAACUUGGGUCUUGUGCAUUGGUUCAAGUUGCCCCACCAUUUCAGCACAAUGAUAUGAAAUCGCCAAAACAAAUCCCAGAGUGGUAAAAGUAGUAGUAGAAAAGAUUAAACGUGGACGAUAUGAUUCGAAAGAGACUGAAUUCAUAAAAUAGGAAAGUAAAUGGUGUUUUAAAACUCAACACGUAAGGGUUAUGUGUGUAGCAUCGUGAUCAAUUCUAAUCUUUGUCAUCCAAUGUCUUCAACCACUAGUUACGAUAUUCGCGUGCACUCACUAACAGUUAGACUGGAUCCACAACCACGUUUCAAGCAUACAGUUAAUGAAUUCAUGAACUAAUACCAAGUCUUUAUUUGAUGGCUCCUAGCUUUCCUCCAUUUCUCACCAAUAAACAUCACCUGCUGAGGUAGAUAGUGGUUGGGCAUGUGCAAUAAAUGCGCCACCUACCUCAGUGGAUGGUGAUCGCAUAUCUCACCAAUCAAUUCGGCAUUGCUCACUUGAUGAUCCCGAUUAUCAGUUUAGUCCGUGAAUCAGAACAAUCCUUAAACAAAUUAGGAAAGGAGAAUUACAUCCCAAAUAUGAUUGCAUUGUUGCUCAAGGUAAUCAGAAGACUCUUGUUAACACCACGGAGCAAAACUAUUUCGUAUGGGUUUUCUAAGUCAGUAAGUGAAUCUCCCGGUUGUUAAUCAGUCACUGGGAUGUCAAGCGAUAACGCGUUAUCUCUAGAAGGAUAUCUACGAUAAAACCAUCUGGUUACAUACAUUUCACUCUGUCGUACAGUCUAUCUUCUGUAGUAGAAGCGAGUUGUGUCGUUGACGUCACUGAGUUCUCUUACGAUCUCGUUCAAUAACCAAGUGCACUUAUAUUCACCAGAUGCCUUAAACAUAAACAAAAAUUUGCUUCGUGAUACAAGAGAAAUUUUUAGAGUGAGUUCUUAUGGAUCUUCUAGUACGAAAAAUGCGUAUCACUGAGGGAGCUAAAUCGGCUCUUAAGCAAACGUUCUCAGGUCGUUAUUCAAACUUGAUAAUUAUUGACAAACACAACCUCGAUGUAUAUACAAGAUAGGUAUUUGUUCAUACCUCAUCGAUCCUAUUGAAUUCUAACGAUUUUUAAAUCAUUACUCUAGCAUCAAAAUAAUGACUGGGAUCAAAGCAUUAGUCUAUGAACCAUCAGAUCAGUGCCUUUUCAGUUGACUGGUGCGUAUUUAGGUCAUGUACAUUUUUCUAAACGACAAACAACUGACUAACGAUUAAUUGAACUGCUCAAUAUUCUAUCUAUCACACUAGCAUAUCGACAAUGGUUGUGAUUGAAAUUUUCUGACAAAAGCAAACAUACGAAACGGAUACACUAGUUAGAAUCAAAAUCAAUUUCUCUGGUCUGCCAAUUAAGAGUCUUAGUUUGAAUACAUAUUGUACCGAUUUAGUUACAUCCACUUCUACUCACUAUCUAACAUAUUUACUUAAACGCUAUAUUCAACGUCUUUUUGUAAUACCUUUUACGUUUUUUUAUAAAUUACUUUUCUUCUACCUAUUGCUUAUUUUCAAUUCUGUUCGACAUGCAUUUUGGAUAUUAAUAAAGCCAUUACAAUUUG